ACACAGGCAGUAUCUCACUGUUCUGGCAUCCGAAAUACAGCAUUAGACUCCCAGAGGACGUUUCUACAAGGAUCACAUCUGCUGCAGGAGUGAUGUUUUCACAGAUGAAUAACCCAUGCCAGACAAGAGUUAUCACUGUCGUCCUAAGAUUCCCCUAACUGGGAAUAUAAAAUUUCUAAGGGGCUCUGACUUGGUGAGAUCUGUGGAGUCAGCAAACAGACGGGAGAGGAUUUGAUAUUCAAAGAAGCAGAACUACAGUGUUUUCUUUAAAACCUUGGACGAUCAGUGUGGUUCUUGCUAAUUUGGAGGAACAGAGGUUAUCAAUGUACCCAUGGUCAAAAAGUACAGUCUAAUGGUAUAAAGCGAUGAGGCCAGAUGAUAUCAACCCUCGUACAGGACUGGUGGUGGCCUUGGUGAGCAUCUUUCUUGUGUUUGGCUUUAUGUUUACAGUUUCUGGGUUCAAAGGAGAGAUGCUGGGACCCAUCCCACUUAUUGCUAUAGGACCAGCUAUUUUUCUACCAGGAGUUGCUGCUAUUACCCUUACAAGGAGAACUGAAGGCUGUACAAAGUGGCCAUACAGAAGGUUUGCCUGCUGCAAGAAACCCAAGGAUAAAGAAAAUGUUGAACUUCUGAAGACCCCGUCAGACAUGGAGUCUGGAAAGGGUAGUUCUAAUGAGCUAGACAAAAAGGGAGAGUCAAAGAAAAAAGGAGAGGACAAAGAAUCUAGCAAAGUCAUCACUAUAGGGGAUGCCAGGACGCUCAGCAAUAAAGCGGAAGAAAAUGAGGUGCUUAAGUACUUGGAACAGUGUUAUUCCACAAACACAUUACCAGGCGGGGGGGAAAACCAUAACACAUGUUCUGUUUUUGAUAAAACGUGUGCAUCAGACAGAAUUAUCUACAAUGCAACAGAGGAGAAGGUUAUAAUUGAUCCCAGGGAUAGUGAUGGUGGAGUCUGCCCUCAGAAGCAGAAUAGUCCCCAUAACAGGUACUGCUGUUACGUAAAACCAACAGAAGUGAACUUGGACCAAGAGACAGUUGUCUGAAUCCUUAUGAAUGCACUGUAUAAAAAUAAUUGCACUGCAUGACAGAUUCCGUCAGUGAGAACAGACAAAGUACUUGCUCACAACCUUUUUUUUCCAAAGUGUUGUUAAAGCGGACCAGCAUGUUUAUGCUUUUAAUUCUCUCUGUUUCCUUUCUACUGAUUCGGACCAAUCUUGUUUUUUUGUUUUUUUUCUUUUCUAUCUUUCAAUACAGUGCCUUGACACAGAGUAGAACAUCAGAACUAGUGCAUUGAGUGUUACUGAUUAAACAGAAAUGCAAUGGGAGCACAGGCAAAUUGCAGACUACAGGAGAAACCUUUGUGUCUUCCAAAACAUUGUUGUGAUAGUAAUUUAUUUCAUAAAUCAUGUAUGACCCCAAAAUAUAAGAUUACACACUGAAGAACAGGUACCAUUACAAUUACUGGAUGGUAAUUUAGUAUGUUUCUUUUCAGCAUCUCAAUCGUUUGUUCUGACAUUUACACAAUGGGGAACAUUUGAAUCCUGAUUUAACCAUUUAAGUGCAGGAGUGUGCAAUGCACGGAUUUGCACUGGGUUACAUGCAUUCCAAUAUUUGUGGGUUACGUUUGAUUAUUUCUUGUUUGUUUUUUACCGGAUAUUUUUUUUUUUUUCUUGAAGGGUUGCACAAAGGAAGGCACAAGAUUUGUGACCUAGAAAAAAAUAAAUGUGAAACUGUAGAAGCAAAUUCAAGGCUUUAGGUGCUCCUGUUAGCUUUCUGAGAUCAGACAAUGGGACAAUGGAUUUUUGUUUACACUUAUUGUCUUACAGAAAAAAAAUCUACCCUAAAAUUGCUUAUAAUUCUAAUAUAUGGCAGUGUAAGAUGACACCACAUUUAUAGAUAGUUAUGCUUUUUAUGCCCUACAAUCUAUUAUGCAAUCUUUAUUAUCAACUUUAUUUCAAAGUUCUAGACUGUAGGAAUAUCUCUUAUAAAUAUUUAAAUUUAUUGCUUGAUUAAUUGCUAUUUUAGAAUUUGAAUCUUACCCAAUCGUUGUUAAUAAUGUGUUUUCAUUUUACGUGUCUAAUCCAACUGAGAGGUGAAUUUUGAAGUGCUAAAAAUUGCACACCUUUUUGGCAGUUAAGGUGUUAAGCCUGAAUGGCUGGUGUUAUGUACUGAUGACAUUUUUCAAAUAUUAAUGGUUAUGUGUGUAAAGUCGUGUGAUUCUGCUAGCAUGAUAUACAGCAUGGGUUAAUUGUACACACUUUAUAGCUUACGUAUGUUUUUUUUUAUUUCAAGUAAGGCUGCUUCACCUCUCGCUUUUUGAAAGGGCUUGGAAAAUAAAUUGUUUUUGAGUCCUCUGGCAAUAUAGAGAACAAUGUCAAAAGUUGACCAGGCUUUUAAGUAUUUUGAGUGUUGGGGAGUGGGGGGAUGCCUGUACAAUAAUGGCCCAUUACACUAGGUGGCGUGAGUGAAUUCAGAUACAUUUACCUGCAAAAAUAAGGUAGGCAACACAGUGGCAUUGACAAUUUAUUCAGAACAGUGCAGAUUCAUACAGUUCUGAAUGUACAUUAAGAUUUAAAAUUGGAGGAAAAUAUAAAAGCGAAGUCCAAACAAAAUGUACA